GGAUAACUAAAGAUAUUACUUAUUACAAGAUAUAAUCUUCAAUGAGCCGGUCUUCCUUCCAGAGAGUUAAUGAAGUUGAUUAAUUUUAUACGGAUUAUUUUUAACGUUAUACAUCCUGAACCUGGCGUAGUAAAACGGAAAAUAGAAACUGAUAAAACCCGAGGUUGGUGAACAAAUGUGAAGUGAACAAAGCACAAAGGCAUUCAAAUUCAAAUACAUCCUAGAAAUACAGCAAGAUAACACGACGGAGACAGUGAUUAUGAAAAAUGCCUUCGACUACAUCUGCAUCGACGAAUUACUUUUCACAACGCACCGAAUCCCGUAAGGACUUGAUAUAGUUCAAAACUCGUAGAAAGAGUUGAUGACUGAGUUGUCAAUACAUUACAGAAUGGCAGGUUAUGAAAGGAACCCGAAUUAUAGUGAUAAUUUAAAUUUUACUGUUUAUAUCAGCACAAAUGAACCGCCAGGUGGACCGCCGCAGAACUCUUCUCCGGAAUUUGACGGAGUGCCGAAUUAUAUCCCUGCAUGCGUGUCGUACAUUGGGACCAUAACAGGAACAAUUGUGUCAAUAACUGGUAUAUUUGGGAACAUUCUUCUAAUCAUUGCCAUCCUAACAAUUCCUAAAAUGAAAAAGGCUUCAAACAUCUUCGUUGCGAGUUUGGCAUUUUGUGAUUUACUUCAAGCGCUGGGAGUACAACCACUUUACAUUUACACGUACGUUCAUGGAGCGUGGACGUUUGAUAACAGCGUUUGCGUUUACGUUAUGUACUUAAGUAAUCUGAGUAUACUUUUGAGCAUACUUCAUAUCGCAGUUAUAGCAUUUUACAGGUAUCUUAUAGUGGUCCAUAGACGCACAUCCAGGAAACUGCACAAAAAACUCGCCAUCUUUAUAAUACUGGGAAUUUUAUAUCUACUACCUUUGGUCAUAAUCGUGGCUCCGACACUUCCAAAGCUAGUCGGAUACACUGCUGCACAUCCGGAAGGCCCCCCUCUCGUAUAUUUCAACACAAAAAUCAUGUUCUGUGUAUACAAACGCCAUUCAUAUUCCAAUAUAGGCGGCUUCAUAAAGAAAGUACUGUUUCUUGGAGGAGCGGGAUUAUUUCUUAUUUUUUGUUACGUUAAAAUCUACGCCUCCGUCAAAGAGAGUGGAAAGCUGGUGGCAAAAUCAGGAAGUCAUGAAACGUACACAAUGCAUCCAUACUCUCAGACGACAGGGAAAAUAAUAACCAAACGAAAAGUGAAAAAACACCAUUUUUCUCUCGAGUCGAUUAUGUGGGCCGAUCCAGUCAGAAAAAA